AUGUCUAAUAUUCGAAAAUCAAGUAGUAUAGACAAGAAGGAGUUUACAGCAGAGCAAGAGCUUCAGGAGACUUUACGUCUGCCUGAGCACCAGAGACAGCCAAUUAGAGAUCUUUCGGAAGAGGAAGACCAGACAGAUUAUUCAGAGGUGGAAUCUAACCUAUCUAGUACUACUACUGCUAGUAAUGACAUUUCACCGAAACUCAUUGCAGAUAUACUGAGUCAGAUCAGUAAGACAGUAGUAUUUACACAGGUUCCGUUUGACGUAAUGUUGCAACUUCGAGUUACUUGGACGAUAUUCGAUCCAUUGAAACAAAUGUCGAAUGGAUUUAGACUGACUCUCAUAAGUAUGGGAAUAACAAGUCAGGCGAAUCCAAAUUUGUAUGCAUUACGUGAGAAAACUGAGGAAUUGGCAGAGCGCUUGGGACAAGAGGAAUCAUUAGGGAAGACAACACCAUGGGGUGAAGUAGAAAAGGAAUGGGUGAAACUAGUAACUAAAUAUGCACAGCGGAAGGCAUUUGUAGUACCUACUAUCAAGCAGGCAUACAAUGACUGGACAGUAUGGUUAGACCAUAUCUAUGCUGCCAUACACAUUGGAGGAUAUUCUAUUGAAAGACUAGCCAGUGAGAUUGAAACAGGUGGAACUAACAAGUAUCCAGAAGGUUGGAAGAGUAUCAACUGGGAUUUAAGCUCAUCCGAAAUCUAUUAUCAAAUGAAAAAUAGGUGUCCAACAAGAAACAUGUUAACUGGACAAACCUUAACCCAAGAUGUUAAUCCGAAAUCAAAGCACAAGUCUAAAAAGAAAUCUGCAGAUAAGACUUACACUAAGUGUAAGAAAACAGGACAUGUGGCUAAGAAUUGCUAUGAAAAACCAGCAACAGAUAAGUCGAUCCGAAGAGGGGAAACAUCCGUAUUCGACCCAAAUAGAGCUUUAAUCCGGAUUGGAGCCCAAGACACCACUGGCUAUCUGGGCAGUGAUACGUAUAUAACUGUUAUAAACAGAAUCUUAUACAACUCAUUGGUUAAAGCCAAGUGCAUCAUCAGUGAGAAGAACUCCGAUCAAGUUCUAAGAGGAGCAAUGAGCCGGCAUACGGAAAAACCGUACAAGGAAAUUAUGGUAAACAUUACAUGUAAAGGGGAAGAUUUAGGGACUCAUGCGAUAACAGUAUUGUCAAACAAAAAACUGUGA